AUGGAGUCGGACGAGGAUGUGCCUCGCCGGCGGAAGGCCUCGAGUGCUAAGCCUGAUAUGUGGAGCACUUUGACGAUGAUCCAGGAGGAGAUAGAGCAGCUGAAGCCCCAGCUGGCACAGCACGCAGCGAGCCGCGAAGAGUUGUUGGAGCAGCUGCACCUGGCCAGGGAGAAGGAGCGACAGGAGCGACAACGCCUAGAGGAGAGCCGACUGACGGAGCAGGAGAAGCGGGCCAAGCUCCGGGCACGGCUGCAGGGUGCGGUGAAGAAGGUCGUGAGGGAGCAGCGCGCCAUGAAGGCAAUUGCCACGCCGUCGCCAGAUAUCAAGGAGCUGGAGGGGAAGCUUUCGGAGGAUCUGAGCGGCCUGCGCCAGCAGAUCCACGGGCUCCAAUACACCCAGCAGGACCAGGAGCGAGGUGCCACGCGGAUCCAGACCUGGUGGCGUACCAUUCUGGCGAAGCGCAUUGCCCGUGUGCUGAGGAUCUCCAGCACCCUGUGGCGGCUGUGGCAGAAGAUGGGCAGGGCCAGCGUGACGAUCCAACGCUGGUUCAGGGCCUACGUCGUGCGGAAGAUGUGGCACGACACCAUAGAGAUGAUUCUGCAGAGGCAUAGGAAGUCCUACCAGGAGCGCUUGGAUCAUCAGAUCCAGAUGGUGAAGAUCUUGCAGAGGGGUGUGAGGGUGUACCUGGCCAAGAAGCACCUGACCUCCAGCCUGGCGGCUCCUCAAGAGGAGCACCGGAACGCCGGCAGCUCCAAGUACGUAGACAACUGGCGGCCCGCGAGCGCCUUGCGGCGUGUGCGAGACGGACAACCCGCAGAGGAGUUGGAAUUGGUGAAGAUGAAGGAGGCCGGGCUGAUCCCCUUCUACUCCAGGACCACUAGCACCAUCAGGCACCGCAUCGGCGGGCCCCUGGCCUUGAAGAUCCAACACCAGCUGGGCGUCGGUGCGGGAGCCCACCUCAACCGGGAGCCCCGGGAACCCGAGCGACCCGACGAGCCCGGCGAGCCCGGCGAGCCCGGCGAGCCGGAGCCGGAGGCUGGCGUCAAAGCGGAGACCAAACAGAUGCUCAGACCCUUCCUGCUCAAAAACCAGGAGGAGUUUGCGAAAGAGGUCCUUGGCGGAUCCUGGGACAUCUACCCAGAAGGUCUUUCGCAGGGCUUUCUGCAGGGCGAGCUUCCAGCAGCGAAGAAGCGGCCGAAGGCCAAGCGCAAGCGCUUGACUUGCACCAAGCCUUUGGAGGCCUCGCCCAUGCGCACGGAGCAGCGGGCGCUGCUGCGGGAGCAGGCGGAGCUGAGCGCCCAGCGGGCGGAGGCCAUGAAGGCUGUAUCCCACCUGCAGCAUCCACUCCUGGAGGGCUUGUUGCCGAACGUGCCUAUGCAUGUGAAGCCGGUGCCCCCAGCAGGGCCGCCAACUGGAAGACCCAGGCCCAGCUUUGGCUGCGGCAGCUUCCGGGAGGAUUGCUCUUGGGCAGAUGCCAAGAGCUUCUACGAGGCUGGCUCCAGGCGGAGCUCCGCGGCGGCGGAAGGAUGGCGUGGGAUGUGA